AUGUCGAACCUCGCGGAUCCAGUUGCGUUCGCCAAGGACUUCCUCGCCGGCGGUAUAUCCGCUGCCGUCUCAAAAACCGCCGUAGCGCCCAUCGAGCGUGUGAAGCUUCUGCUUCAAGUGCAGCACGUAAGCAAGCAGAUCGCUGAAGACCAGCGUUACAAGGGUAUAGUCGACGCCUUCGUCCGCAUUCCCAGAGAGCAGGGCCCACUGUCCUUCUGGCGUGGUAAUCUCGCCAACGUCAUCAGGUAUUUCCCAACCCAAGCCCUCAACUUCGCUUUCAAAGACAAGUACAAGCAAGUCUUCCUCGGUGGAGUAGAUAAGAACACACAAUUCUGGCGCUACUUCGCCGGUAAUCUCGCUUCUGGUGGUGCCGCCGGAGCUACAUCCCUGUGCUUCGUGUACCCACUCGACUUCGCGCGUACCCGUCUUGCCGCGGAUGUCGGAAAGGGAGAGGGACAGCGUGAAUUCACCGGUCUCGGUAACUGCCUGACGAAGAUCUUCAAAUCCGACGGCCUUGUCGGUCUGUACAGAGGUUUUGGAGUGUCCGUACAAGGUAUCAUCAUCUACCGUGCUUCGUACUUCGGUUUCUAUGACACCGCUCGCGGUAUGCUGCCCGACCCCAAGAACACACCCAUCGUCAUUAGCUGGGCCAUCGCUCAAACAGUAACCACAGUCGCCGGCAUCAUUUCCUAUCCCUUCGACACUGUACGUAGGCGCAUGAUGAUGCAGUCCGGCCGCGCUAAGUCCGAAGUACUCUACAAGAACACGAUCCACUGCUGGGCCACCAUCGCCAAGUCCGAGGGAGCGUCCGCCUUCUUCAAGGGAGCCUUCUCCAACGUCCUCAGAGGUACCGGUGGUGCUUUCGUGCUCGUCCUCUACGACGAGAUCAAGAAACUCCUAUAA